AAGCCACAAGGCGUCAUGGGACAGUAACUCAGUCCGAGUUUUCCUCCAGUUAAUUGCAAAUGAGAUUAGUAAAGGAAAUCGCCCAUUCUUAGUCCUCAGCCAAGCAGGGUACAAGUCAUUGGCAAGGGAAUUUGAGAAAAAAACAGGAAAAAAACAUGGACUGAAACAAUUGAAGAAUAAGUACAUGACCUUGAAAAAAGAGUGGCAAGCGUGGACAAAGUUGAUGGAUUCAAGCAAGGGAGUGUCCGGGAUAGGCUUUGACUAUGACACUGGGUUGUUUCAGGCACCUGACGAGUGGCGGGACAAGAUGGAAUCAAUCAACAAGGCGUGUGCGAAGUUCAGGAAAAAAACUUUGGAACACCGUGACUUGAUGGAGACGGUCUUCAUGGGGGCAUUAGCUACUGGGAAGCAUCAUUGGACCCCGGGAGAGAACCUUCCCGAACCUGCUGAGGACUCAUCUGAUUCAGUGCGUAGUUUGGGAGCCUAGCCAUUUGCUGAUCCGAUACCCGCAGGAGUACAGGACGUGGAUUCUGAUACUUCACUGGAGCAUGUUCCGAUUGAAAAGGCAAAAAGGAGAAAGACGCCAUCAACAAGUGUUUCAAAGUCGAAGAAGGGAACAAGUGGUGCGUCCGUUAUUGCGAAA